AUGAGUGGCCUCCGAUUCCUCGAUCUCAUCAAGCCCUUUUCGCCGAUCCUCCCUGAGGUUCAGCAGCCCGAAACGAAGGUCCCAUUCAACCAAAAGCUGAUGUGGACCGGUCUGACGCUUGUAAUAUUUUUGAUCAUGAGCCAGAUGCCAUUAUAUGGUAUUGUGUCUUCAGACACCUCGGAUCCUUUAUACUGGCUGCGAAUGAUGCUGGCGAGUAACAGAGGAACGCUGAUGGAGUUGGGUAUUUCACCAAUUAUCUCAUCUGGAAUGGUCUUCCAGCUUCUCGCUGGUACACACUUGAUCGAUGUCAACCUUGACCUGAAGUCGGAUCGCGAGUUGUACCAGACUGCGCAAAAACUAUUCGCCAUCAUCUUGUCAAUGGGUCAGGCUACUGUUUACGUUUUCACUGGCCUAUACGGUCAACCAUCUGACCUCGGCGCCGGUGUUGUCUUCCUCCUGAUCCUCCAAUUGGUAGUUGCUGGUCUGAUUGUCAUUCUCCUUGACGAACUCCUCCAGAAGGGAUACGGUCUUGGAAGCGGUAUCUCCCUUUUCAUUGCCACCAACAUCUGCGAGUCCAUUGUCUGGAAGGCUUUCUCCCCCACAACCAUCAACACUGGUCGUGGCCCAGAAUUCGAGGGCGCCGUCAUUGCGCUCUUCCACCUUCUCUUGACAUGGCCAAACAAGCAGCGCGCUCUGCAGGAGGCUUUCUAUAGACAAAACCUCCCCAACAUCAUGAACUUGCUUGCGACUCUCAUCGUCUUCGGCGCCGUCAUCUACCUUCAAGGAUUCCGCGUCGAGAUCCCAGUCAAGUCUUCUCGCCAGCGUGGCGCUCGCGGUUCCUACCCGAUCCGCCUGUUCUACACCUCCAACAUGCCCAUCAUGCUGCAAUCCGCCCUGUCGUCCAACGUCUUCUUGAUUAGUCAAAUGCUCUACUCCCGCUUCUCAGAGAACCUGCUCGUCCAGCUCUUCGGUAUCUGGGAACCCAAAGAAGGCUCCGCCCAACUCUUUGCUGUCUCUGGUCUCGCAUACUACAUGUCUCCACCAUUGAACUUCACCGAGGCUCUCCUGGAUCCCAUUCACACCGCUAUCUACAUCGUCUACAUGCUCGUUGCGUGUGCCAUCUUCUCUAAGACCUGGAUUGAAGUUUCCGGCUCCAGCCCAAGAGAUGUCGCCAAACAGCUCAAGGACCAGGGACUUGUUAUGGCUGGUCAUCGAGAGCAGAGCAUGUACAAGGAACUGAAGCGUAUCAUUCCUACUGCUGCUGCUUUUGGAGGGGCUUGCAUUGGUGGGCUCUCUGUUGCCAGCGACUUAUUAGGCGCUCUUGGAUCUGGAACUGGUAUUUUGAUGGCCGUCACUAUCAUCUACAGCUACUUCGAAAUCGCUGCUAAAGAAGGAGACAUGGCAGCUGUUAAGGGUAUGGUGCUGGGCUAA